CGACUGAGAGGGGAAGGGAGGGAAAAAGGGAAGGAAAGCCAGUGCUUGCGGAAACGCGGGGUUAGGGUUUCUGAGGAGGAAUAGGGCUAGAUUAUUCUGGCUUUGCUGAAUGAAAUUGGCUGGAGAUAUACAUGGUUUACAUGCGGAAAUCGUUCAAGGAUUCGCUCAAAGUUCUCGAAGCUGACAUACAGCACGCGAACACACUGGCAUCAGAAUUUUCAAGAGAUUUUGAUGGUGCCUGCCUUCAAAUGCGUAUGUCAUACAGUCCAGCUGCUCACUUAUUUCUGUUUCUAGUUCAGUGGACAGACUGUAGUCUUGCUGGGGCUCUAGGACUGCUGCGGAUUUUGAUAUAUAAGGUUUAUAUUGAUGGAACAACAACAAUGUCAACACAUGAAAGGAAAGCAAGUAUCAAGGAGUUCUAUGCUGUGAUUUUCCCGUCUCUGAUGCAACUGCAUAAAGGAAUUACUGAUAUGGAGGAUAAAAAGCAAAAAGCAAUAUGUCAGGAAAGGUAUAGAAGAAGAGAUGAUGGGGACAGAAGGCAGUUCUCGGAGUUUGAUGCUGAAAGAGAAGAGGAAUGUGGGAUCUGCAUGGAGUUGAACAGCAAGAUAGUUUUGCCUAAUUGCUGCCAUUGCAUGUGCCUGAAGUGCUACCGUGAAUGGCAUUCAAGAUCGCAGUCCUGUCCAUUCUGCCGCGAUAGUCUUAAGAGAGUGAACUCCGAUGACUUGUGGAUCUUCACUGACAGCAGAGAUGUGGUAGACAUGCCAACUCUGUCCAGAGAGAACCUUCGGCGCCUGUUUCUGUACAUAGACAAGCUUCCUCUCAUAAUUCCGGACACGGACUUCGACUCCUACGAUUCUCAUGUCAAAUGAGCUUAUUUGGGUUUGCCCAUUUAACCUUAAUUUGAUGAAAUUAAACCUUCAAUACAGAGCCAGCUACUGCUUUCCAGCUGAUUGAGCUCAAGCAGGGUUCUCUGGCAUUAUUAUGCCUCGUUCAGCUUUCGAACAUUGGGAAAACCUAUAUCUGCAUGCAUUAUAUAAUCAUGGAGUCGGCUGUUGUAAAGUGUAGUGUAUAGUUUAAGGUUCUAUGGAAGCUAAUUCAUUUAGCUUUGUGUAUAGCGUAUUUUAUACAUCCACUAAGUAUGGAAAUUUAUUAGUUUUCAAGUGCUC